AUGGGUGUCACAGGUCUGUGGACCAUAGUCCAGCCUUGCGCCAGGCCAACAAAACUAGAGACUCUGAAUCGUAAGCGCCUAGCUGUUGAUGCUAGCAUUUGGAUAUAUCAGUUCCUCAAGGCUGUCCGAGACAAAGAAGGCAACGCUCUGCGCAACAGCCAUGUAGUCGGUUUCUUCCGCCGUAUCUGCAAGCUUCUGUUCUUCGGGAUCAAGCCGGUGUUUGUGUUCGAUGGCGGAGCUCCUGCUUUGAAACGGCAAACCAUCACGUCUCGCAAGCGCCGACGAGAAGGCCGACGAGACGAUGCAGUGCGUACCGCUGGACGUAUGUUGGCGGUGCAGAUGCAGCGACGAGCCGAAGAAGACGAGCAGAGGCGCAAGGAUGCUCGGGAUCGACGAGCUGAAGAAGAAGAAGAAGCCGUACCAGAUGAGGGCUUGGUCUACGUAGAUGAAAUCCAGAUGACGCAGCAGGAAAGACAGGAGAACCGCAAGUUUCGGAAGAAAGACGCCUAUCAUCUACCGGGUAUGGAGACUGGCAUGCACGAAAUGGGCGGCCCUAACGAUCCUCGUGUCAUGAGUCUGGAAGAGUUGGAGGCGUAUGCUCGGCAGUUCGAUACAGGCGAGGACAUUAAUGUCUACGACUUCAGCAAGAUUGAGUACGAUAGUGCUUUCUUCAUGUCUUUGCCUGCAUCAGACCGUUACAAUAUCUUGAAUGCUGCUCGGCUCCGCUCACGACUGCGUAUGGGUCACAGCAAGGAGCAGCUAGACAGCAUGUUCCCGGAUCGCAUGGCCUUCUCUCGCUUCCAGAUCGACCGAGUCCGGGAACGUAACGAGCUCACUACACGCCUCAUGAACAUCAAUGACGGUGACAUUAAGUACACUGGAGCCGGUAACCGAGUGGCUGGCGAGAGGGCACGCGAGUAUGUCUUGGUCAAGAAUGAUGGCGUGGAAGGUGGUUAUGCUCUCUGUGUUAUUAGUGAUGAGGGUACCAAGCGAGAGACGGCGAUCGAUCUGGAUAAGCCUAAGGUCGCCGCAAAGCAAGAGAGCAGCGAGAGUGAAGAUGAUGGGUUUGAGGAUGUGCCGGUUGAGGGUCUCAAUCGGCUUCCGAAGAUUGAACGAGGUAUUGAUACUGCGAUUGGCAGGCAGCGGAAGACGGGCGACGCGUCACGGCGUGGUGGCGGGAUGAGUCGAAGAGUCAAGCAGCGACCGAUGCCAGCUUCUGCACCUCAAGACGACCCGGACUCGCUCUUUGUAGCAGAUGAGCCAAACGAGGAUAUCGAAGUCGAUGAGGAGUUGGAAUUAGUCGAUGAAGAUGGUGAGCUAUUUGGCGAGGCCGAGGAGCCUAGCUCGGAAGCAGAAGACGAAGACUUACGUCGCGCUAUAGCCAUGUCGCUUGUCCAAAAUGGCGCUAGCGAGGCACAGAAGGAGACAGUCGCGAAUGACGACGACUCAGAAGAGCGCGACGACUGGUAUCAGUCAUUCAAUCAGCGUGCAGCUGAGGAAGCGCGGCCGGUGCCAAAAGGUAGCGCGAGAGCUAUCGCCAACAUCUUGAACAAGCGUGCUAAUGCCAUGGCUCCGGAGAGCCGGGAGGUGACUUCCUUCGGCGUGCCAGUGCCGAAGCCAGAUGAUGAUGUAGAUGCCGCAGUCAAAGAUGACGACGAUGAUGGGAUGCUAGAUCUGCAAGCUGCGCUGGCAGAGUCGAGGCAAGGGAGAAAGAAGAUAACGCCGCCGUCACCACCAGGGGCUUCCACCUCUCCCACGACGACGACAACACCACGACGAGCCCCGAAAGCUGCUGUCUCAACCACUCAGCCAGCCGAAAUAUCUGGCAAUAGCAACGGUUUCGGAGGACCUCUUCCAUUCGAGAAGCUCAAUCUCGGCAGCAGUCUCCUUGGUAAGAAGAAGAUUCAGCAGCGGACAGAAGAGGGCGAAGGAGGUUUCGAGCGCGCUGAAGCAGCCGAGCAAGCGUCCAAAAAGAGGGAGCCUCUUCCGCCGUGGUUUAGCGGAGAUCUUGAGGAGGGUAUGGCGAAACAGAACGCGCUCGAACGAGCAGAUAGAGAAAGAGCGAAAGAGUUUAGUAAGCAGUUCCGGUUUGACGGUAGGAAUGGCGAGGGUCUAAUGGGCAAGGGCGACGUCAAAGAAGUCAUUGAUCUUGACGCUGAUGAUGAGGAUGUUGUGGCUGAUCAAUCGACCCCUGCCAAGCGCGUCCAUGGCUCCCGACACGAGGAUGUCAUCGAGCUUGAGGAUGACGACGAGGGGCCUAUCAUGAUAGCGCCGGAGCUUACAGGUAAGCCUGUAGACAACGAAAUCCGAAUGGGCGAUAUGGCCGACGCGGUCCGCGUCGAGCCCCCUGUGCCCGACAAGCGAGAGCAAAGUAGACCUAUGGCGAGGGCGCAAGCACCAAUUGUCGCAGAUGAUGAGGGCGACGAGUAUACCGCUCAGGCACCCACACAGAUGAAAAGGGCAUCGGUGCCAUUCGAAACAGCUGAUAGUAAUGAUGACGAUGGUACGAUCAUGAAUGAGCAGCAAGCUACGAAGUCAGAUACAGUGCCAGCUCGUAGGUCUGAGCCAGAAGCUGAAGACAACGAGGACAUCGCAUGGAGUGAGAGUGAAGAUGAGCAUGAGCUUGCUGUAUUGGAAUCAAAUAAAGAUGUCCAUCCUGCUGGCGGUGCGAGAAUUGCGGCGGACACGACAGACUCCCUACCUGUGGACUUUGAAGAAAGCGCACAGCCCCUUGCUAGCCAACCCGUCGAUACUGAGUCACCUGCUGAACCCGUGAGAUCUCCUUCACCGGAGUUUGAGGAUGUGGACCUAUCAAAACGUGUUCUCCUACACCACGAUAGCCCCCCACCAGGUCUACCCGUCUCCGGCGAUGAACAAGAGGGCCCAAUACCAGCCACAGGUUUAGCUCGCCAAGAGACCAUGCCAGAAGACGACGGCGAGUUCGAUGACUUUUCCGAUCCAGAAGAGGAGGAACUCCUCAAAGCGCUCACUCUGGAAGCCGAAGAACAUGCACGUUUCGCCUCGACCCUCAACCAGAGAAGUGCUGCGCAGAACAUUGCAGAGUAUGAAAAAGAACUCAAGCAAUUGCGAAAUCAGCAAAAGAAAGACCGGAGAGAUGCUGACGAGGUCACUCAUAUCAUGGUGACGGAAUGUCAGCAGCUUCUUCGACUGUUUGGACUACCAUAUAUCACCGCACCCAUGGAAGCCGAAGCACAAUGUGCCGAGCUCGUGCACCUGGGGUUGGUAGAUGGCAUCGUGACCGAUGACAGCGAUUGCUUCCUAUUCGGUGGCACUCGAGUGUACAAGAAUAUGUUCAACCAAGCCAAAUUUGUCGAAUGCUACCUCGCAACUGAUCUGGAGAAGGAAUUUGACCUGACUCGGGAGAAAAUGAUUGCCAUCGCACAGUUGCUGGGGAGCGACUACACUGAAGGCCUAACUGGUGUCGGUCCAGUGACUGCAUUGGAGAUCUUAGGGGAGUUCCCAGGUGGUCUUCCGGAGUUUAGGGACUGGUGGUCUGCUGUGCAGAUGCAGAGCAUACCCAAGGAUGUCGACAAGAACAAUUCCUUCCGAAAAAAGUUUCGCAAGAACGCCACAAAGAUCUUCUUGCCGCCUGCAUUUCCUGAUCCAAGAGUGGAGAUGGCCUAUAAAGAACCUGAGGUUGACUCAGAUCCUGCACCCUUUCAAUGGGGUGUGCCUGACUUGGAUGCGUUGAGAAGCUUCCUGAUGGCUACCAUCGGCUGGACCCAGGAGCGGACCGACGAAGUGCUGGUUCCUGUCAUUCGAGACAUGAAUCGCCGAGCCGAUGAAGGCACGCAGGCAAAUAUCACCGCCUUCUUCGAGGGUGGCGUAGGUGUUGGUGCCGCCGCGACGAACAGUAAAGGUGAGGCUUUUGCACCUAGGAAAAGAGACGUGGACAGUAAAAGGAUGGGUGCUGCUCUUGGGAGGAUGAAGGAAAGAGCAAAGGUGCAGAGGACUAUAGGAGGCAGUGAUGAGACGCCGAGGGUUGACAUGAGUGUUCCGGAGACGAAUGCCGGCGACGAAACGGUCGAGAACCCAGGCAGCAAGCGUAAAGGCAAGAGAAGUGCUGCUACCCAGCCACAGGAACGACCUGGAUCAGCCGGCGCCGGCGAUGACAGUGAGUUCGAAGCACCACGAAAGAGGGCAAGGCGCAAAGGUACGACUGGCGGUAAGAGCGGCGGCGCGACGAGAGGCCGACGGAAGAAGAAUGCCACUGUCGAACUUGACGAGGAAUAG